UGUUGAGGAAAGUAUGCAAAUUUUCCUUGUUCCCAGUUCCUUUCAACUUUGUUGAACAAAGCGAAAUGAGUUGUUCCUUUGGCGUCCGAUGUUAAUAUGGUUGUGUUUGCGGAGUAAAUUGUGUCUGAAAUUCAAAUAUGGCUACCAAGGAAAUGGACUCAACAGUCCAAAUGCGGCUCUACACUCUUACUAAGCGGCAGUUUGUUUUGGUCUUCGUCUCGUUUUUCGUGGCUUUUUUCCUCACAGUUAUCAUUGGAAUUGCAGGACCUCGCAUUAUUGUUGAACAUACCCAAAGUGCAUCAAACCUUCACGUACCAAGCGGAAAGUUGUCGACUGGGCCAUUUCAGAUAGACACAGGUAUCCUAUCAACUUUCAAUCAACAACUUUGGUUACUUUGCCAGAUCAAACUGAAUGGAACAAAAGCAGGGGCAUCAUUCUCAGACAGUUUUCACCUGAGUGUUAAGAUUUAUGGAAGAGCCAAGGACAGUAGUUAUCAUUUAAUAGCUGAAACUCCUUUCAACAGGACUCGCCAGUUGCAAUGUCAAAAGGAAUGUAAUCCUUUGGUUAUUUUACAUCUUGGAUAUCUUGAUUAUCCAUCAUAUGUGGCAACUGUCAACUUUCAUGGCCUCCAAUUUCCUAAAGGAAUAGAUAUUAGAGACAUUGAUUUUGUGUUGAAACAUUACAGUGCUGAUUUCAGUCAAGUUGAAAUCUGGUUCAGAUUUGUAUUCCUUGUCCUUACAUUCAUGGUUACAUGUAUGUUUGCUCACUCAUUGAGAAGAUUUCCAUUACGAGAGUGGUCUAUAGAACAAAAAUGGAUGUCACUUCUUCUUCCACUACUGCUGUUGUACAAUGACCCAUUAUUUCCUCUCAACUUCCUGGUGAACAGUUGGGUUCCUGGAAUGUUUGAUUCAGUGUUCCAGGCAUCAUUUCUCUGUGGCCUGUUGCUCUUCUGGCUUUGUGCCUUCCAUGGCAUCAGACAGAGUGAAAGAAAAUUAAGUUUCUAUCUCCCAAAAGUUCUCAUAGUUGGCCUUCUAUGGAUUGCAUCAUUCACCCUGUCAUCUUGGCAACAGUAUAAUGAGUUACAAGAUCCCACGUACCAAUACAAGAUAGAUAUUGGCCAUUUUAUGGGUCUGAAGGUGAUGUUCUUCACUAUUGGUGCCAUUUACCUGGUGUAUUUGAUCUACCUGUUAUUCAGGGCAUACAGUGAGCUCAGAGCCAUGCCUUACUUUGAUGUUCGCCUUAAGUUCCUCACAGGUCUUAUGCUGAUUGUCUUGACAAUAAGUCUGGUAAUCACAGGCCUUCGGUUUGGGACUGGAGUGUUGCAGGACAACUUUGUUGCAGAACUGGAAACACACUAUGAUAAUUCUGCUGAAUUCCUGACGUUUUUUGGAUUGCUCAACUUCUACUUGUACACCAUGGCAUUCGUGUAUUCACCAUCCAAGAAUGCUCUUUAUGAGUCCUAUUUUCGUGAUCAGUCCACAUUUUCGAUGUUGAACGAGUCUGAAGAUGAGGACGCCUUGAUAUACAACUCUCAGCGGGAAAAAGCUACCUUCAGCAGCAGCGAAGAAGAAACUUAGAGCAUUACACUUCCCUUCUUGCAAAGUGGACGUAAAAACAACGCUCUUCUCAGAAGUUUUUUAUUCAGAAAGUGCUAAUUUUAGAAAAAGAAAGUUACUAUCCAGAAAUAACUGGGGUUUUCCCCUCUGGAUCAGAUCUUUAAACAGUUCCUUAAAUUAGAUACCAGAUGUGCUCAUUUCCAUUUAACACGUUUUUUUUCCGUUCUGUAUUGUUUUGUUUUUGUUUGUUUGUUUGUUUGUUUCUCAUUUCUAGAACAGUUUUUUUUACUUCUAAUUACGCUAGAGUAGAAAAUUAUAAUGUUUAUUUAUAAAAUCUUACAUAACCUCCGUCUUUGAUCAGAGGAAAAAAUCAGUGAGAGUGAUGAAUUUGAUAACGUUACGUUACAUGAUAUUAAUUUCCCUUUCAAGCCCAUCACAGCCACGCCCCCUUCCCUCCCCCAACCUACCUCCAUUUCUCUCCAACCCACCCCUCCCUCAACUUGAUCCUGUUGGGAGAAAGGUGGGUAAUCUUUAACGUAGUUUUCAAAUCAGAAUAUAAAAAUAUUUACGAUAAUAUAGAGUAACAAAUAGGUUCUAACUCUGAGAUUCAACAGACUGAAGUAUAUUUUAACAGCAUCAGUUUCGUGCUUCUCCUCACGACGAGUCACACAGCCGUAGAACUUUUUCAAUGUAUUUAUGUAGAAUCUUCAACCCCUUGUUGAAUAUGGAGUAACAGUUGAAUCGACAUAAUCUACUGUUAUUGUCAUAUUUAUUCACUCUUUAUACGAAAUGUUUUUAGUUACAUAUUAAUGUGAUAACUGUCACGUCACCUGUGUUAAUGAGGACUGAAACGCAGCUUGUGUGAAGCAUAUAACUUUUAAGUGGGCUAAUAAAAUGUCCAAAAUUAUCGUAAAUAAAUAGAUAUCAAAAUUUA